AUGAAUUAUAGUGAACGAACUACAAAUAUGUCUACAGACUUUACAGUUAAUGAUUUUGAUAGUUUGGAGAAAUUUAAUCUGAGCGUCAAUUUAUCUGGACCCUUGCAAUUUGGUACUGAAUUGGAUAUUUUGUUUCAACCUGAAAACGUGCUGAUAGCGCUUUACGUGCCUGUUAUCUUAUUAUCUUUGGUGACUAAUAUUUUGCUAAUUAUAGUGGCUGUGAAGUGUAAUUAUACCAAAAACGUCACGAACAUCUUCCUCGUGAACCUAUCUCUAGCUGAUCUGCUGGUGACGGGGGUGUGCAUGCCGAUUCAGCUCAGUAAAGCCAUCACUCUGGUCUGGUUUUACGGGGAGACUGUCUGCAAGAUCGUAAAUUAUAUUCAAGGUGUUGCCGUCGCAGCUAGUGUUUUUACUCUCACAGCUAUGUCGGUGGAUCGUUGGCUGUCAAUAGCUCCAGAACCUCGACUUCGUCCCCCGGGCAGACGACAGGCUUUAUUAUUGCUCACACUGUUAUGGAUCGUAGCUCUUUUGAUCUUCAUACCGCUAUUCUUAGUAGCGUCAGUUCGAAAAGAAUCUGUUCCAAUUAUAUCCAAGACAGAAAAAAAUAUUUCUAUAGAGACAAAAGAUGUACAUUUUUGUACAGAAGAGUGGCCCAGUCCAGAGACGAGAAAACAAUUUGGUACAUUUAGCUUUACGUUAGUGUACGCAAUACCAGGAUCAAUCACGAUAUUGUCAUACGCAUUCAUGGGUAGAACUCUUUGUUCUGUGCGGCCGCCUUUCGAUAUUGAUGAAGGGAAUGUCAGCAUGCAACAGGGUUUGCGACUAAUGAAGGAGAGGAAGCGUGUGGCAUGGAUCUUAUUAUUGUUGGCUGUUUUAUUUGCUCUGUGUUGGAUGCCUUACAAUAUCAUGCAACUAUUGCUUGACAUAAAUGCUGUUAAUACUAAAGCAUUGAGCUUGGUUCUUCCUUAUGCCCUCUUUGUCGGUCAUGCUAACUCGGCCAUCAAUCCUAUAGUAUACUGUUUAAUGACGAGGAACUUUCAGCGUUCGGUACACAAACUGCUUUGUGGACGAGCCGUGUGUCAACAGACCAAGUUUACGUGGCGAUGCAACCAGAAACCGGACGGAUCUUCAAGUGACUAUGAGCUUUAUCACGAGCCACAUAAACGAUGCUAUUUACAACUGAAUGCUCUCCGUUACAAUGGUCACAUGAACGCCGCGCCGAUGUUACGCAGCACGGCGCACGCAACGACACAACUCAGUCACGUCACGCGAUCAUCUCGACGCACCGCUCCCGCACACACGCUCUCGGUAGAUAUGCUGCAGAGACACGGACACAUUGACUACACACGAUAG